AUGACUUCAAUCUUUCUGACUGGUGCUUCGGGUUACGUCGGAGGACAGCUCCUUCAUGAGCUCACCAAAACUCACCCCGAGUACACCAUCGCCGCGCUUGUACGCGACAGCCACGCCGCCGAGACAAUCGUACAGGCAUAUCCCAAGGUGCGCAUUGUGUUAGGUGACUUGGAUAACAGCGCACUCUUGGAACGCGAGGCUUCAGAAGCCAACAUCGUGCUGAAUGUCGCGUCGAACAAGCACAUCGAGGCUCUAAAGGCCAUCCACCUAGGAUUGCAGUCCCAGUCAGAAGCCUGUCUGAUCCAAAUCUCGGGCGCAAGUCUACUUCCUGUCGAGGAUCUAUCGUCCCCCUCUUUCAAGCCAGGCGAGCCCUCUGACACUGUGUGGGAUGAUCUGGGUGGUAUCUAUCAUAUUCAAAACCUCAUCCGCAACCACAAAUCUCGCGUGGUAGAUAACUACGUUAUCCAAAUCGCACGGGAUACGGGCUACAUCAAGACCGCCAAUGUCUUUCCUCCCAUCAUCUAUGGCAAGGGAGAGGGCCCUGUUAAGCAACGCAGCGUGCAGAUCCCCGCUUUGGCCAAGGUAGCUCUAGAACGAGGACACGCUGUGAGAGCCGGCCGAGGUCUCGCAGCUUGGACAAAUGUCCAUGUCGCUGAUCUUGCGAGAUUAUUUGUUCGUCUUGUAGAGCAUGCCGUUGAUGGGAAUGACAAUGACACAAUUUGGGGAGAGGACGGCAUUUAUUUCCCUGGCGCCAACGAAACUACUUGGGCCGACAUCUCAGACAAGGUAGCGGAAGCAGCAAAGGAGCAAGGACAUAUCGAUACACUAGAAGUAGAAGAGCUAUGGAAGCCAGAAGUAGACACUGCGUUACCAGCUGGUUCAGUCUUUUUCGGCAGCAAUGCUCGGAGCAAACCUCGUCGCGCCACGGAAAUCCUGGGCUGGAAGCCAACUGAGACAGGUCUAGACGCAGAAAUUCCUAGAGCUGUGGCUGAAGAGGCUGAGGCGAAAAAGGCCAAGAUUUGA